GUCAAACUUUGGCGAAGAAGACCUACCACUAAAGUCGGAAUAGUACACAAGCUCCACAGACUUCACAAAAUGGCAGCGACAUACGACUGGCUAGUCCGCACUCCUGCGAACGAAGCCGAUGGCGAGACCAGGCGCAACGUCCGUCCAGAACACCUCAUUCACAACAAGCCUCUCAUCGAGAAUGGAACCCUCCUCUUCGGCGGCCCUUCGCUCUCAAGACAUCCCAACGAGGGCGAGACCGAUCUGGCAGUCAAUGGAAGUAUCCAAUUGAUCCGAGCGGAGAGCGAAGCUGCGGUCAGAGAGAUCGUGAGGAAUGACCCAUACUCCAAGGCUGGUUUCUGGAGGGCAGAAGAGGCUGUCAUCCUCCCUUUUCGCUGCGUUUUGAGGACACCUGCGUGAUGCGUCACCACAGAUUGUCCAGAAGGCCUCAUGAUACUACAGGGCCUCUCUCAGAUGUAGUCAAGGUGGUCGGCGGCGUGACUGCUGGCGGCUUACGAGGACUGAGACACCUUGCCGCAUGAUAGAGGGAUGGAAAUGUGUCGUGGCUUCAUAGCACAAUUAAGGCAUUUUUAUGACUUUGAGCAUAUCUUGAACUUGUUGUUGCCAUCUGAUAAAGGCAUGAGUCGUGUUGAUGGUCUCGGGACCCAGUAUAGGUAUCGGUCA